AUGCGGCAGGCUGUGGCUUUGCUUAACGAUGAAGAUGUUGAUGCAAAUUCAUCGUCUUCUUCAAAACGCCCUUCCACAUUUCUUAAUUUUGUUGCUCUUGGCAAUACUUUCAUUUCUAAUUAUGGGCUACCAAUUGUUCAGAGUGCAGGUAAAUCAGCAGUUUUGAACAGUUUGAUUGGGCAUCUUGCUCUGCCAACUGGUGAAGGUGGUGCAACUCGCGCGCCUAUAUGUAUUGAAUUAAAGAGGGAUGGGGAGGGUGAAGGAAUUCAAUUCCAUGGUAUGCUACGUGUUGUGCAACAAUCAUUACUAGGGUCAAUUUUGGCAAACAUGUUGCUUGUUCUUGAAUGCACGUUUUUCUGUGGAGGAAUCUUUCUUCCUAAAAAGGAACACGUUUUGCAGCCUAGUUGUGAUGAGCUCAGGGUUGCUGUUAAUGGCAGUGAUGGGUCUUUGUGUAAUGCUUAUUACAUAUGGGGCCUACUUCUUCUUAUUCUUGGAAAUGCAGCAGAACAUGCAAGUGCCAUCAUGUUUGUCAUGAAUGACAAGCUUGAUAUCUCUUUAAGAGUCGCGAUUGGCUCCUCAACACAAAUAUCUAUGUUUGUAAUUCCAUUUUGUGUGGUUGUUGGGUGGAUCAUGGGGCAUCCUUUGGACCUAAAUUUUCAACUUUUUGAGACAACAACUCUUAUUAUGACAGUUCUAGUAGUGGCUUUCAUGUUGCAAGAUGGAACAUCCAAUUACUUCAAGGGAGUAAUGCUUGUGUUUUGCUAUUUGAUAGUUGCUGCAAGUUUCUUUGUACAUAUAGACCCUCUAUCUAUACGUCCAAAGAAACUUGAAUGGGAUUGGACCAUUGUGCUUCCUGAUUUGCUACUAUCAAUGGAUGUUGUAGUCUUUGGUAAUGGAAUCGUGGACGUGGUGGUGGUGGUUAUCGUGGUGGUGCCCCAGUCAACCAAAUCCAAACCUUAA